UCGAUUAAUAAAGACCGGAUAAUAGAUCCGUCGUCCCGUCCUCAAAUUACUGUAUUCGUUCCGUUUGCCCACGAAAUAAAUAAAAAAGGCGGGUCGGUUACUAAUAUUAACAACAACAAUAUAAACUCGUUUGGGUAGCAAACGCUCCCGCUUGACCAUUGUUUAACAACAGCACAAAAAGGCCCCCUAUUUAAAUGGCUUUAACAGAGUCGAGAUGACUGAUGCGCCUUUCGCUUUGCCCGCGUGUAUUGGCUAACCGCAUACCACAUGGCGCUGCCACGUGACCUCGCCGUACCAGCGAGAGAGCCGUGCAGUUGUAAAUCUGUGGAUUUAUGUCGUCGUAAUUCACGGAUUUCUCCCGAGUUUUUUCCCGAGAAAUAAAAAAAACGUUUCUGCAUGCAAAUCAUUAGGGCCAAAAUAUGAAUUCUGCAUAUUACAUGAACGCUCUGUUUUCUAAAUAUGCGUCGGAAAACUCCGCGUAUUUGUCCGCCGGAGGUUUACCCGAAGCGCCCUGCGGAGGAGCCUACCCGGGCGAGAGCUGCCCGACUGCGAACGCCAUCUCGGCACCCUCAGCCGCCUCAUCCACCACCACCUCCUCGUCAUCAUCAUCAUCAUCCUCGUCGUCCUCUACCUCGUCUUCCCCUUACGCAGCAGCCAGCGCGCUCUACCACCACCACCACCAACAGCAGCAGCAGCAGCAGCACCAUCAUCAUCAUCCGCAGCAGCCACAUCACCAUCACCACCCAGCCUCCCUUUACGCGUCGUCGGGCUUCGGUCUCGAGCGUCUGGGAGCGGCGGCCGCCGCCUCGCUGCACGGCUUGCAGUUCGCCUACGAGCACGGGGCUCUCCACGCCGCGGCCGCCGCCUACGGGGGGGACCCGGCGGCAAAGCGCGGCGACGUCGAGGUGGUGGGGACCCCGGUGGCUGGCAAGCACCACCAGCAGCUCCACCACCACCAGCACCAGCAGCAGCAGCUGCAGCUGCACCAGCAGCAGCACCAUGCUGGGCUGCCCAGCGGAGUGCCCAUUUACCCGUGGAUGCGCAGUACAGGAGGCCACGAUGGCAAGCGAGGCCGGCAGACCUACUCGCGCUACCAGACGCUCGAGCUGGAGAAGGAGUUCCACUUCAACCGCUACCUGACGAGGAGGCGCCGCGUCGAGAUCGCCCACUCGCUGUGCCUCACCGAGCGACAGAUCAAGAUCUGGUUCCAGAACCGGCGCAUGAAGUGGAAGAAGGAGAACAGAGGUCCGAACCCAUCGCCCGAGGAGGCUCACGAGGAGGAAGACGACGACGAUGAGGAGGAGGAAGACGAGGAGAAGAAGGCCGAAUGAUGAUGAUGAUGAUGAUGAGAGCGACGGUUGUAAGAAUGAUGCUAUGAUUUUGUCCAUCCCGAGAUGUGCAUUUUAGGUUCAACCGAUGAUUGGUGAAGAUGAUGAUGAUUAUGACGGUGGUGGUAAUGAUGAUGAUGCUGGUGGUCACGGUGAUGGUGGGUGCGGUUUGAUGGUGAUUGUGGCGGUGGUGGUGAUGUUGUAUUGUGCGACCCUCGGCGUGCAUUUUACAUUAACCCGCUGACGAUGGUGUGAUUAGGUAUUGUACAAGAGUGCAUCUCGUGAUAACGAUGAUAGUGGUGACGACGAUGGUGCUGAUGAUUAUGGUAAUUUGCUUGGCCCACGCCGUCCCGUUUUUCUUCAACCGAUUGACGAUAAUGACGGCGAUGGUGACGAUUGUUGGUGGGUCGGUGAGUGGAAGUCGCCAGGCUUUAUAACCCAGCGAUCAUCAAACGCAUUCUUGAGUGAUCUGAGCCGUCCACGCGUCGUGCCCUGACACGCACACCCGGGUGUGUGUGUGUGUGUGUUGGCAUGUUAUAACAUACAAUACACGGAGUCGCUUUUUUCAAUUUCUUGUAAAUCAUAAACCGCAAUUUUAACUCCCCGUUUUUGCACGCUCGGUGAACCACUAUCUGGAAUGUUCAAUAUAUACGCCGUCUUAAUUGUGUUUUAAUAAUGUUUUAACCAGCCUGGUGUCUCAGCUGUAGAGCGAGCGACUACCAAGUCGGUGGUGUGGGGGGGGGGUCGAUAAAAUUAAUACCACUUUGUGGCGAUGUCCACAGUGGUUGUCUUACGGAUAUAGAUUGAGUCGUCGCCGCCGCUGUCAUAGGGAUGUGGAAUUUCCCGCCACUGGCUCAGGGCUUUAAAUACCGCCUCAAAGCUGCUCAUUUGAGCAUGAAUUACUACUACGAUAUUAUUAUAAUUAUGUUUAACGCUCCAGGUGUUUCCUCGCGGAGUAAACUAUAAGUACUGUACUCGAUAGGCUACAUAAAUUAGUUUCAUGCAAAACUAUUGAAUAAUAAUGAUAGCAAUACUCUGGGCCUGCUUAGAGGUAUUAGCUUUCAAAAAUAGAUCAAGAAAAGAACUACCUAGACUCGAGCAAAGCCAGUACUUUAAUGAUGCUACCUAUGAAUUACUACCAGUAUAUACACGUGCAGAGUGUACACACACACACACACACCGUCGUGAUUAAACAGCAAAGGGUGUUUUGUUACAGCUGUGACUCGUUUAACAAAAAAUACAAUAUCCCCGUUGAUAGAUCUGGUUAACGAUACGCAUAUGAAUAUAUACACAUAGCAACUAUGACGUUAGUGUUGUGUAGAUAUAUUGCGCGCGUGUGUGUGUGCACGGAGCGUUUGUCUUUCUUACUUCCCCAAAGUAAUGGUUACCUCUCGAAACGUAGGGAUCACCUUUAUAUAUAUAUAUAUAUAAAAAAACCCCACACACGUGUACACUACCUUCUUGUAAGCUAGCCACCCACCAUAUAACCUCGCGUGUCUGUACUUUAUAUGAUUUACCAAUAGUGUGACGUAUAUAGGAUUAUACUCCCAAAUGUGAAAGUUACAACAGAUGAUACAGAUUCAAUUCGUGUGCUUGUAAUAUUUAUUACAUAUACGUGACUUUUUUGACAAGAUUUUACAAGGCAUGUGUGUAUUGUCGUUAUUGUUGUUGUGGUUUUUUGUUCUUCCACUUUGCUGCGUGUGUAUCAUCAAGGCGUGUCUGUUCUCACGCGUCCGCGACAGAGCUGUGGCCCAAGAUGGCAAGUAGGUUGAGUGUGCGUGUGCAUGUUUCUUGAUCAUUUUCCUCCUUUUUUUUUGCUAAGAGUGUUAUCAAAAUAAAGUAAUAAUACAAAAAACUAAUUCUACCGCGUCUUCGAGCAUAAAGCCAUAUUCCAUUGCGGUGUUUUCGUGAUUAGCAUUCCCAUAUAUGGGGGUCCGUGUCGUGUAUUCGGUCUCAUUUGGACGAUAGCACUGGUCAGACAGCGAGCUUC